AUGAAUGUGCAGGCGCAUGUGUCUGGGCAGAUCUCAGGGCAAGUCCCUAAUCAGCUUGCCCAGCAAAAUGGGAAUUCUCUCCCACCUGCUCAAAUGCAGGGUUUAUCUGUUCCUGGUGGCGGAGUUGCUGCUGCUAGCCAUAUGUACGUGGAUAAUGACCUUAACAGAGCUCGCAUUUUUAUCCGAGAGAAAAUAUUUGUAAUUAUAACGCAGCGGCAUCAGCUAGUUAGCGAAGCACAUAAACAAAAAUUUAGAGAUAUUGCCAGACGCUUGGAGGAGGGUCUAUUCAAACAAGCUUUGUCGAAGGAUGAGUAUACAGACCUAGGUACUUUAGAAUAUCGCCUUGGUACUCUACUCAAGCGAACAUCCCUGAACAGUCAAAGUCAACGCCAUGCUCAAAUAGUCAACUCUUCCUCUUCUGUUGGUACGAUGAUACCAACCCCUGGGAUAUCUCACAGUGGGAACUCUAACUUGAUGACUUCUUCUGUUGAUCCAAUGAUGAUUUCGUCUAGUGGGAGUGACAGUAUAGCCCCUACAUCUGUCUCCUCUGGGAGCAUGAUGCCUAUGAGUGGUUUGCAAGGAGCCAUGUCGAAUGGGUAUCAGCAAUCUCCAGCAAAUUUCUCUAUUAAUUCUGGUGGGAACAUGUCAUCUAUGGGGGUGCAAAGAAUGGCAAGCCAGAUGAUCCCCACUCCUGGAUUCAAUAGUAACAGUAAUAAUAGCCAGUCUUACAUCAAUAUGGAUUCUGCUAACAGCAGUGUUGGUCAUUCAACUGUUGAAACUACUAUGUUACAAUCUCCACAGCAGAAGCAGUUUCUUGGUGGUCAAAACAGUCGUAUAUUGCAAAACCUUGGCAGCCAAAUGGGUAGUAGUAUCAGAUCUGGUUUGCAACAGAAAUCAUAUGGUUUUGCUAAUGGGUCUUUAAAUGGUGGAAUGGGGAUGACGGGGAGCAAUAUGCAGCUUGUGAACGAACCUGGAACCUCCGAGGGCUAUAUAACUGCCACUCAGUAUGCAAGUGCACCCAAACCACUUCAGCAGACCUUUGACCAACAGCAGCAACAAUUAGUGCAUGGUGAUGGGUAUGGCAUGGCAUCCGAUCCUCUUGGAUCUGGGAAUUUUUAUGGUGCCGUAUCAUCUGCUGGAUCCAUGAUGAAUGCCCAGAAUAUUGGUGGCUUGCAGCCUAUGACAAAGUCUGGCUCUCAUAUGGUUAGUAAUUCUUCAAAUUUACAUGGCAUGCCACAGGCUGUGCAUGUAAAGACUCAACCAGUUGAACAGUCUGACAAAGUGAACUAUCCUGCCCAAUUAUCAUCUAGAGAAAGUCUCAUACAGUCUCAUCAACAACAAUUUCAUCCAAAUCCUCAUCAGAUGCAGCAGCAGCACUUCAUUCAACAGCAACGUCUUCAUAGGCAGCAAAGCCAGCAGCACCAGCAGUUACUGAAUACAGAUACUUUUACACAGCCUCAGCUACCCUCUGAAAUUGCUCAUCCAGUAAAGCGCGAGCCUGGAUUGGAGAUUCAGAAUGAGUUGUUAAACACACAAACUUCUGAUCAGAUCCAAGUUCCUGCAUUGCAAAACCAAUUUCAACAGAAUACUACUGAAGAUCAUUCUCGUGGUGCACAGAGCGUCUCUCUUGCUUCUGGACAGCAUGAACCAUAUACACCUCAAUUGCCUCAAUGCUCACAGCAAAUGCAGCAGAUGUUGCAUCCUCAUCAGCUAGUGCCAGACUCCCAGAAUAAUUUUAACAGCCUUCCUGUUGCAACACAACCGGAGUCAUUACAGGGUCAGUGGCACCCUCAGUCACAUGACUGGGCUCACAUGCCAGGGAGCAUGUCACACGAGCAGCACUUCCAUGAGGAAUUCCGCCAAAGAAUAUCCAGGCAAGAUGAAGCGCAACGUAACAACUUAGCAUCAGAAGGACCUAUUACUGGUCAAACUGUUCCACCUCGGAGCACAGUAGAGACUAGGAUUGUAGGAAACAAUGCCAAUUAUAAGUAUGAUAAUGCAAAUCGUGACCGGCAGUUCAUAAAUCAACAGAGGUGGCUUUUGUUCUUGCGGCAUGCUCGUCGUUGUACAGCUCCUGAAGGGAAAUGUCAAGAGAAUAAUUGCAUUACUGUCCAAAAGUUGUGGAGGCAUAUGAGUAAAUGCACUAUUAAGCCUUGUCCUUAUCCUCGGUGCCAACGCACUAGGGAACUGCUUCACCACAACAAAACUUGCAGGGAUGCAGGAUGCCCUGUUUGCAUUCCUGUAAAAAAUUAUCUGGAGAGUUACUUGAAGACACACUGUCGUCCAAUCCCUGAUGCUGCUGCUGCUUUGCAGAACAAGCCCAAUGAGAAUACAGAUAAUGUAUCCAGAUUGAUUGCUAGAGCUCCUUCGGUUGUUGAAACUUCAGAAGAUCUGCAGCCAUCUUUGAAACGCAUGAAGAUAGAGCAAUCUCCUCAAUCCGCUAAGCCUGAGAGUGAAAGUUCAGCUUCGGCAGCUAGUGAUGCUCAUAUGACUCAGGAUGGCCAAUGUCAAGACUACAAAUAUGGUGAUGCUAGUGUGCCGGUUAAGCCAGAGUACAUCGAGGUAAAGUUGGAUGGUCCACUGAGUUCCAGACAAGCGAACACUAACAAUGCCGUUAUGAAGAAGGAUAACCUGGAUGACAUAACCAGCCAAAGGCCGAAUGAAUCUACUGUACAAGAUGGGCCCGCUGAUGUAGCUAGACAGGAUAUUGUCAAAGUUGAAAAGGAAACUGAUCCUGUGAAGCAGGACAAUGUUUCACAGCCGGCUGAAACUGCAGCUGGGACCAAGUCUGGAAAGCCAAAGAUUAAGGGUGUGUCAUUGACUGAAUUGUUUACACCAGAGCAAAUCAGAGAGCAUAUCACAGGUCUCAGGCAGUGGGUUGGUCAGAGCAAAGCAAAAGCUGAGAAAAACCAGGCAAUGGAGCAUGUUAUGAGUGAAAAUUCUUGUCAAUUGUGUGCAGUUGAAAAGCUUACCUUUGAGCCGCCACCAAUAUAUUGCACGCCUUGCGGUGUUCGUAUUAAGCGAAAUGCAAUGUAUUAUACUAUGGGAGCUGGUGAGACACGCCACUAUUUCUGUAUUCCAUGUUAUAAUGAUUCCCGUGGUGACAGUAUAUCUGUUGAUGGGAGUUCCGUUCCCAAGGCAAGGCUUGAGAAGAAGAAGAAUGACGAGGAGACUGAAGAAUGGUGGGUUCAAUGUGACAAAUGUGAAGCAUGGCAACAUCAAAUUUGUGCUUUGUUUAAUGGUCGAAGGAAUGAUGGGGGCCAAGCCGAAUAUACUUGCCCGAAUUGCUAUAUAGCAGAGAUUGAAGAAGGAGAGCGCACACCAUUGCCACAAAGUGCUGUUCUUGGUGCCAAAGAUUUGCCCAGGACCAUACUUAGUGACCACAUAGAACAACGAUUGGUUAAGAGACUGAAGCACGAAAGACUGGAGAGGGCCAGAGUUCAGGGGAGAAGUUAUGAUGAGGUUCCUGGAGCAGAAUCCCUUGUAGUUCGUGUUGUUUCUUCUGUUGACAAAAAGUUAGAAGUGAAGCAGCGGUUCCUUGAAAUAUUCCGGGAAGAUAAUUAUCCACUUGAAUUCCCAUAUAAAUCUAAGGUAGUUUUGUUAUUUCAGAAGAUUGAAGGUGUGGAGGUGUGUCUGUUUGGUAUGUAUGUGCAAGAAUUUGGAACGGAAGCUCACUUCCCGAAUCAGCGUCGUGUCUAUCUGUCAUACCUGGAUUCUGUAAAAUAUUUUAGACCUGAAGUCAAAGCAGUUACAGGGGAGGCACUUCGUACAUUUGUGUACCAUGAAAUUCUGAUUGGUUACCUAGAUUAUUGUAAGAAAAGGGGUUUUACUAGCUGUUACAUAUGGGCUUGUCCUCCAUUGAAGGGUGAAGAUUACAUACUCUAUUGUCAUCCAGAAAUACAGAAAACGCCCAAGUCUGAUAAACUCCGAGAAUGGUACUUGGCAAUGUUAAGGAAAGCUUCAAAAGAAAAUGUUGUAGUUGAACUAACAAAUUUGUAUGACCAUUUCUUUGUGUCCACUGGUGAAUGCAAAGCAAAGGUAACUGCAGCGAGGCUUCCAUACUUUGAUGGUGACUACUGGCCUGGUGCUGCUGAAGACUUGAUUUAUCAGCUUAAUCAAGAUGAGGAUGGCAGAAAACAUAAUAAGAAGGGAACUACCAAAAAGACUAUAACAAAGAGGGCUCUGAAAGCAUCUGGUCAGUCAGAUCUUUCAGGAAAUGCAUCAAAGGAUCUGCUGCUGAUGCAUAAGCUCGGUGAGACGAUUUCUCCAAUGAAGGAAGAUUUUAUCAUGGUGCAUCUACAGCACUGCUGCACACAUUGUUGUACACUGAUGGUAUCAGGGAACCGGUGGGUUUGCAACCAGUGCAAAAGUUUUCAAAUCUGUGACAGGUGUUAUGAGGUGGAACAGAAACGUGAAGAAAGAGAACGACAUCCUGUCCACCAUAGGGAAAAGCAUGGACUAUAUCCAGUUGAGAUCAAUGAUGUGCCUGUUGAUACAAAGGACAGAGAUGAAAUUCUUGAGAGUGAAUUCUUUGAUACGAGGCAGGCUUUCCUUAGUCUCUGCCAGGGGAAUCAUUAUCAGUAUGAUACUCUCCGUCGUGCUAAACAUUCCUCUAUGAUGGUCCUUUACCAUCUUCACAAUCCGACUGCACCUGCAUUUGUUACUACAUGCAAUGUUUGUCAUCUGGAUAUUGAAACUGGUCAAGGUUGGCGUUGUGAGGUCUGCCCAGAAUAUGAUGUUUGCAAUUCUUGUUACCAAAAGGAUGGUGGUAUUGACCAUCCACAUAAAUUGACCAACCAUCCAUCUAUAGCUGAGCGUGAUGCACAGAAUAAAGAAGCCCGACAACAAAGGGUUCUGCAGCUUAGGAAAAUGCUUGAUCUUUUGGUGCAUGCAUCACAGUGCCGUUCUCCUCACUGCCAGUAUCCGAAUUGCCGGAAAGUGAAGGGGCUUUUCAGGCAUGGGAUACAGUGCAGAACACGUGCAUCUGGAGGUUGUGUUCUGUGCAAGAAGAUGUGGUAUCUCUUGCAACUCCAUGCUAGAGCUUGCAAAGAAUCUGGAUGCUAUGUACCCCGUUGCAGAGAUCUGAAAGAACAUAUAAGAAGACUGCAACAACAAUCUGAAUCACGUCGAAGAGCUGCAGUGAUGGAGAUGAUGAGGCAGAGAGCUGCUGAAGUUGCUGGCAGUUCUGGUUAA